UCGCGUUGCGUGCCGUGCGCGCUGACGUUGCGCGGGGGGCUACGGUACGGGCGCCGCGGUGUGAGGCUGGCGGGGCCGAGGACGGGGCCGGACGGGCUGCAGAGACGGGAACUCCAAGGCAGUCUGCUUAGAAGAGAGCCCUGCCAAAGGAUCUAAACGGAGAAAGAUCUUUUGGGACAGUCCCCCCCAUGUGAUCCCAGCUUCAGUGGCAGAAGGAUUUGCAUUCCAGGUCGUGCCCUCCUCCACCCUCGGGCCAAACCGUAGGACUUAAAGCUGAAACCAUGUGAGAGGGUUUCCCUUGCUCCCCCCUCUCCCCGACCCCCUUCCCUCCCCCCUCCCCAGCCUUGGGCGUGUCGCUGCUGAGCCACAUUGACACGUCUGCCACCAUGAUGUUCCGGGAUCAGGUGGGAAUCCUGUCCGGCUGGUUCAAAGGUUGGAACGAAUGCGAGCAGACGGUGGCUCUGCUCUCCCUCCUCAAGCGCGUCACUCGCACCCAAGCCCGCUUCCUGCAGCUGUGCCUGGAGCACUCGCUGGCCGACUGCACCGAGAUCCACAUCGUAGAGUCGGAGGCCAACAGCGCAGCUGUCAUCAGCCAGUGGCACCAGGAAUCGAAGGACAAGGUGGUCUCCCUGCUCCUGUCUCACCUGCCCCUGCUGCAGCCUGGCAACACGGAAGCCAAGUCCGAAUACAUGAAGCUAUUGCAGAAGGUCCUGGCCUACUCCAUCGAGAGCAACCUGUUCAUCGAGGAAAGCCGGCAGCUGCUGUCCUACGCCCUCAUCCACCCGGCCACCACGCUGGACGAUCGCAACUCCCUGGCCCUGUGGCUCAACCACCUUGAGGAACGCCUGUCUAGUGGCUACUCCGGCCAGGGCAGGGGCCGGCCCGACACUGCCUACCACUCGCGCCAGGGCUCGGACGAGUGGCAGGGCCCUGUGGACUCGGGCAUGGGCGAGCUGGGACACGGCUGGCAGGAGAAGCUUCCCCGCGAAAACGGACACUUGCCUUUCCACUCCUCUAGCUCGGUGCCCUCGGCGAUCAACAGCAUGGGAAACAACGCCAAUGCAGCUCUGCCCUGCCAAAUCCACCCCAGCCCGCUCAAGCGCUCCAUGUCCCUCAUCCCCACCAGUCCGCAGGUCCCCGGCGAGUGGAUGAGCCCCGAUGAGCUGUGUGCCCGGCAGGCUUUCAUCCCGGGGGACCACGCGCCCCUGUCCCCCCAGAGCAGCGUGGCCUCCUCGGGCAGCGAACAGACGGAGGAGCAGAUUGGCAGCCGCAACACCUUCCAGGAGGAUGGCAGUGGCAUGAAAGACGUUCCCUCGUGGCUGAAGAGCCUUCGUCUGCACAAGUACGCAGCCCUCUUCUCCCAGAUGACGUACGAAGAGAUGAUGACCCUCACGGAGCAGCAUCUGGAGUCUCAGAAUGUGACCAAAGGGGCCAGGCACAAAAUUGCCCUGAGCAUCCAGAAGCUUCGGGAGAGGCAGAGCGUUCUCAAGUCUCUGGAGAAGGACAUCCUAGAAGGAGGGAACCUGUGGAAUGCGCUCCAGGAGCUCCAGCAGAUAAUCAUCACGCCCAUCAAAGCAUACAGCUCCCUCCAGGCCAUGGCCACGCCCAAGGAGGGGCAGCAGGCGAUGCCGGAGCGCCACGGAGCCCCCAGGCCGGGCCUGGACAAAGCCACCAACGGGGCAGAAGACAAGGAGCCUGCAGUGGACGGCUUCCCAUCCCAGACGGCCUCCCCCUGCGACGGGGAGUCGGCCACGGCACCCAUCGCGGAAGGGGACAUCCCGGGGCAGUUCACCCGGGUGAUGGGGAAAGUGUGCACGCAGCUGCUCGUCUCCCGGCCCGACGAGGAGAACAUCACCAGUUACCUCCAGCUCAUAGAGAAGUGCCUGACUCACGAGGCAUUCACGGAGACGCAGAAGAAGAGGCUGUUGUCCUGGAAGCAGCAGGUGCUGAAGCUGCUGCGAGCGUUCCCCCGGAAAGCCGUGCUGGACAUGCAAGGGUACCGCCAGCAGAAAGGGUGGGCUUUUGGUUCCAACUCUCUCCCCAUAGCUGGAUCUGUGGGGGUGGGCGUUGCGCGCAGAGGGCAGCGGCCGUUCCAGAUGCCCCCUCGAGCCAUGCCCCCGAGCCGCCUGGGGCUGCUGAGCCCAGCGGGGAUUGGAGGGGUCUUGCCCCGGCAUGCACUUACCAGCCCCAUCGGGAGCCAGGGACGACAGAACCUGUGGUUCGCCAAUCCCGGGGGCAGCAACAGCAUGCCCGGCCAGAGUCGCAGCUCGGUCCAGCGCACCCAUUCGCUACCCGUCCACACGUCCCCGCAGGCCAUCAUCAUGUUCCCCCAGGAUUGCCAGAUCCCUGGAACAGACCUGGAGAUCAACCCCACGCUGGAGUCGCUGUGCCUGAGCAUGACGGAGCACGCGCUGGGCGAUGGCACCGACAAGACCUCCAGCAUCUGACCAGCCUCGGGGAUCCGUGGUUCCUGAGAAGCUUUAAGGGGUUCUCUUUAUUUUUUGAGGGGGUGCUUAAAGGGGUGGUUGAAUCUUC